UAAAUAAUUUGAAAAAUACCCUGACCGACACAUACAACUGGCAACAUCUUUGCUCCGCGCAUCAAUUCCGAGCAUGAUGGAUGAUGCCCAGCAAAAAACAGUGCCCAAACUAGUCAUCUUGGAGAUUCUUUGAUUGCAAUUCGACCCUGAAAGGAAAAGAAAAAUGGUUGAGGCUAUGGUUUCCUUUGCCAUUGAAAGAAUCGCUGAUGUACUUGUUCGUGAAGCAAGUUUACUUCAUGGUGUGCGAGAUGAGGUUCAGCAGUUGCAGACUGAACUGAGGGGGAUUAGAUGCUUCUUGAAAGAUGCAGACAGCAAGCAAGAUCAAGAUGAACGCGUUCGCAACUGGGUAGCUGAAAUCAGAGAUAUUGCAUAUGAAGCAGAGGAUGUCAUCGACACCUUUCUUCUUCUCAGAGCUGAAACAGGCUCAAGAAAAAGGGUAUGUGGACUCAUCAAGAAGAUUACCUCCAUGUUCACUAAGGUUCCUAAUCUCCAUGAAAUUGGAACCCAGAUCAAAUCCAUCCAAGCUAAGAUUGUGAGUGUCUCUGCUAAUACGCAGAAGUUGGGCAUCAAACUUGAUGCAGAAGGAGAGGGGUCUAAAUCUAGAAGUGAAAUGCAAACGCGAUUGAGAAGAUCAUACCCACAUGAUCAGGAAGAUGAUGUUAUCAGCUUGGAGGCAACCAUCAGAGAUGUUAAAUCUCAACUGUUGAUGAUGGAAGAGCAAGGCCUAGUUGUUGCUUUGGUGGGAAUGGGAGGGCUAGGUAAAACCACACUCGCCAAGAAAAUAUACAAUGACAUUCAUGUGAGGCAGCAUUUUGAUUGUCAUUCUUGGUCUUUCUUAUCUCAGCAGUUCUCCACAAGGGAUGUUUUGGUUGGUAUUCUGAUGGAAGUUGCAUCUAAGCAGGAUAAAUUUGAGUUGGUAAAACUGGAAGAGGAGAAGCUUCUUCAAUCGAGGUUGGAGAGGGUGGAAUACGAAGUGGAUAGAAUGGAAGAACAAGAAUUGUCUAAAUUGAUGUCCAAACAAAAGAAAAGGAUGAAAGAAGAACAAUUGUCUGAAUCGAUGUUCAAAUCCAUGUUGAAACAAGAGAAAAGGAUAGAGGAAGAACAAUUGUUUAGAUCGAUGAUGAAACAAAUGAAAGUAGAACCCAUGUUUAAUUCAAUGUUGGAAAGGAUGAGAGAAGAAAAACUAGUUGAAACACUCUUUGAAGUGUUAAAGAGGAAGCGAUACUUGGUGGUUCUUGAUGAUAUUUGGAAGAAUGAAGCUUGGGAUAGUUUAAAACAUGCUUUUCCUUCAAAGGGCAAGGAAGGGAGCAAAGUUUUAUUGACCACUCGGAACAAAGAAGUUGUUUCUUAUGCCGAUCCAUGGAGCUUUCCAGUGGAACCGCCUCUUCUAACAAAUGAUGAGGCCUGGGAACUUCUCAGCAGGAAAGCAUUCCCAAAAGCUAUUCUCAUCAAACAUGGUUACUCGCUAAGACAUGAGGAGUUGGGAAGGGAAAUGGUGAAAAAAUGUGGAGGAUUGCCUUUAGCAGUUGUUGUACUUGGAGGUUUAUUGGCAACAAAGAAGACAUUGAUGGAGUGGGAGGCAGUGCACAGAAAUAUUAAUGCACAAUUCGUCAAGUGGGAACAAAAUCAUCAAUAUGGAGGAGUGUAUGGCAUAUUAGCUUUGAGCUAUCUCGAUAUGCCUUUCUAUUUGAAACCAUUCUUUCUCUAUUUUUCUCAAUUUCCAGAAGAUUGGGAGAUUCACAAGAGAGUAUUGAUUCGGAUGUGGAUUGCUGAAGGCUUUGUGCCACGAGUGGAAAGAGAAGGAGAAGAAACAAUGGAAGAUGUAGGCGAGCAAUAUUUGGAAGAGCUUGUGGGCAGGUGCAUGAUUCAAGUGAGUCAAAGGGAUCACACGGGAAUAGGCAUCAAAACAUGUCGCGUUCAUGAUCUGAUGCGAGACAUGUGUAUUCUGAAAGCUAGAGAGGAGAAUUUUCUUGGGAUUUUUGAGCACUACCGAAAGAAUAUUGUGGCGCGAAGAAUUGCUAUACAUCCUGAAAUAUCCCCAGAAUUUGCUGGACAGUGCUCUGUACCGUUGCAGCAAGGAAGCAAUCGGGGCCUUCGUUCUGUUUCCUACUUCCUGGAAGAGCAAAGGUAUUGGUUGACUGUUGAUCAAAGAAAUCUCAUCUUCAAGGAUUCCAGAAUGCUCAGAGUAUUGAAUCUUAAGGGUGUUUAUAUCGGAAAUCUACCAAAUGAAAUUGGUGAUCUGAUUCAUCUGAGGUAUCUUGGAUUACGAAAAACUGAAUUAUCCUCGGAAACAUCAUUGCCAAUGUCCAUAGGUAAGCUGAGGAGCUUAUACACCCUUGAUGUACGAGAUAAUCAAUUAGGAAGACUGCCUGAUGUAGUGUGGACGCUAGAAGAUUUGAGACAUUUACUGAUAGACUUGCAUAAUAUUCUGGGGCAUUGUCAGAUGGAUACAUUAAGAAACCUGGAGACCUUGAGGUGGACACACUGUGAGAAUCUUGUUCGGAAAAAUGCAAUGCAGAAUUUGACUAAUCUUCGAAAUUUAGCAAUCGAUUUCAGGAGAAGGGAAGAAAUUGAUGGGGUUAUGAAAUCUCCAAUUUUUUCAACAGGUCGUCUUCGUUCUUUGAACAUACAGGGAAAGCAAAGCUCAUUUCCAAACUUGGAGCCACUUUCUCGUUGUCAAUGUUUAACGAAGCUAGAGUUGAAUGGAAUUAUACCAGAAUAUCCAGAGUCGCUCAAUCACAACUUGGGAUAUCUACCAGCAAGCAUCACCAAGUUAAUUUUGAGUAAUUCUCGGUUAAUGCAAGAUCCCAUGAUAUUUCUGGAGAAGCUGCCUAAUUUGAGGUUUCUAUACUUGGAGGAGAAUUCAUAUAAGGGAACUAAAAUGCUCUGCUCUGCACAGGGGUUUCCUCAACUAGAGAUUCUUAAACUUGAAUUUCUUACAGUAUUAAAAGAAUGGGAAAUAGAGAAAGGUGCAAUGCCAUGUCUCAAGAUUCUGCACCUAGAAAAGCUGCGGGAAUUGAAGAUGAUCCCUGAAGGAUUAAAAUUUGUCACUAACCUCGAAGAAUUGAAAGUCGUUAACAUGACAGAAACAUUUGCGAAGAGGAUUAGAGUCAUAAAUGGAGUGGAAGGAGAGGAUUUUGAAAAGGUGCGACACAUACCCUCCAUCUCAGCCUGAUACUCUCCACAACAAUCUACCAGUCGCCAUGGUUGAUGAAUUGGUAGCGGACCCAGAAUACUUGGUGGAGGACUACUGACCAUUAUUACAUUCGGAUGUGAUAAGCUUUGUUCUUCGGUUACACAAUUGAUCACAUCCAUCAGAUAUUUAUGUAAUUUUAUUUUAUUUUUCCCUUUUCUUCAUGAAUUUAGAUAUUGCAAAUUCUUGAUGGUAA